GGCGGCGUGCGGAGCCUCGGCGGGGAGCGGCGAGGCGUCUGUGACAGGCCCAGCGCAGCACGGGGACUCGCGCGGUCACCGGGGAGACGGCCACGCGGCCAGUCGGUCAGGAGGCGCGCGGUCGCGUGCGGGCCCAGGCCGCUGUCGCCUGUGCGGCCUCGCGCGGACGCGGGCCGGGAGCGCUCCUGCCAGACCUGCAUUGGCAGCCCUCUGCUCUCCCUUGACAGGAAAAAUAAGAAGGAAGGAAUGGCCAUGGACUUGCUACCUGCACAGGUGACAGAGUCAGUGACAUUUAGGGAUGUAGCUGUGCUCUUCAGCCAGGAGGAGUGGGGACACCUGGACUCUUCUCAGAGGGCCUUGUACCGGGAGGUGAUGCUAGAGAACUACAGCAACCUGAUCUCACUGGGGAUUCGGUUUUCCAAACCAAAGGUCAUUUCCCAGUUACAGCAAGGAGAAGAUCCCUGGAUGGUGGACAAAGGAGUUUCUCACGGCACCUGUCAAGGGAUUCCAUUUUCAAUGCCAAAGGUGACUUGCCAGUUACCACAAGGAGAAGAUCCCUGCAUGGUAGAAAGGCAAAUCCCCCAAGACACCUGUCUAGGUUUCAAGACUUGGCCUAAAAUAGAAGUAUUGCCUCCAAGAGAGGACAUUUUUAGAGAAGAAACAUCUCAGGGAAUAAUAAUGAAAAAAGCCAUUAAGUAUGGUCACUGGAAUGUCAAGUUUGGAGAAACUUUGGAUUUUGAGAGCAGGCUAGAACAGGAGCAACAGAAGAAACCUCUUAGGCAAAUGGUAGCCUCAUACAAGAAAACCAUCAGUGGAGAUGGAAACCAUACAAAUCUUGAACUCGGGAAAGGCUUAUUUAUAAAUACAAUUCUUGUUAGACAACAGAGUGUUCCUAUAGAAAGGAUACCCAGUAUAUAUUAUACUUUUGGGAAAGAUAUUAGGCAAGAUUUUGAUCUAAUGAAAUGCUUCCAAAUUUAUCCAGAAGAAAACUCUUAUAUUUGUAAUGAAUGUGGCAAGAGCUUUAACCAUAGUCUUCACUUUAUUGAACACCAGAGAAUUCAUAUUGGUGAGAAACCCUACAAAUGUAAUGAAUGUGAGAAAACUUUCAGCCACAGAUCAUCCCUUCUUGCCCAUCAGAGAAUUCAUACUGGAGAGAAACCUUACAAAUGUAAUGAAUGUGAGAAAGCAUUUAGCAGUAGUUCAACCCUUAUCAAACAUCUGAGAGUGCAUACUGGAGAGAAACCCUAUCAAUGUAACGAAUGUGGUAAAGCCUUUAGCCAGUGUUCAACCCUCACUGUACAUCAGAGAAUUCAUACUGGAGAGAAACUCUAUAAAUGUGGCGAAUGUGAGAAGGCCUUUAAUUGCAGGGCAAAACUUCAUAGACAUCAAAGAAUCCAUACAGGUGAGAAACCCUAUAAAUGCAGUGAAUGUGGAAAAGGUUACAGCCAGUUUACAUCUCUGGCUGAACAUCAGAGACUCCAUACUGGAGAACAACUGUGUAAAUGCAUGGAAUGUGGGAGAACCUUCACACGCAUCUCAACCCUUAUUGAACAUCAGAGAAUUCAUACUGGACAGAAACCCUAUCAAUGUAACGAAUGUGGGAAAACCUUCAAUCAAUAUUCAUCCUUUAAUGAACAUCGGAAAAUUCAUACUGGAGAAAAACUUUAUGCAUGUGAAGAAUGUGGGAAAUCUUUUGGUUGCAAAUCCAACCUUUAUAGGCAUCAGAGAAUUCAUACUGGAGAGAAACCCUAUCAGUGUAGUCAGUGUGGAAAAGCUUUCAGCCAGUAUUCAUUCCUAACUGAACAUGAGAGAAUCCAUACUGGAGAGAAACUCUAUAAAUGUAUGGAAUGUGGGAAAGCUUACAGUUACAGAUCAAAUCUUUGUAGACACAAAAAGGUUCACAGUAAAGAAAAACUCUAUAAAUGGAAAGAGUAUGAGAAACCUUUCAUCUACAGCUCCUCCCUUACUCAUUAUCAGAAUUUUCUUAGAGGAGAUAAGCCCUAUGAGAUUUAAUUUAUCUCCCAAAGAAUCCAACACUUCUCAUUGGACAGUAAUCAGGGGAAUAAUAAAUAGGGCACAAACUCCUAACAGAGUAACUCUUUUUUACUUCUACAGGAAAUAUGCUUCUUGUAGGUGCUGUCAAGUCAGUUCUGACUCAUAGCAACCCUAAGUACAACAGAACUAAACACUGCCCAGUCCUGUGCCAUCACAAUCAUUGCUGUGUUUGUGCUCAUUGUUGCA